AUGCCAGAGGAAGACGAGGCGGCUGACGAAGAGAGCAAGCUGCAGCAUCCCGAGCUUCCAGAUGCUGCGAGGACGAACAUCCCACCUUCCCUACCACAACCGACCGCCGUCAUGUCGUUGUUCAAGCGCACGUUCAGGUCGCAAGACCCCAACGUCCGCGUCGACAAGACGUCGAGGCUGAAGAAGUCGAGCUCGAUCCGGGAUCCCCAGAAGCUAUCGAAAAUGCAACAGUCCACAACGGAUAACAGGCCCGCCAUGGCCCCGCCAGCAGUCCCCGCGCCGCACCCGUCGAAGUCGGCCAAGGCGCCCAAUAAGUCCGUGGCCCCCUCGCCCAUCGUCACCCUGACCGUCGGCCGAGAGGGCCGGCUGUUUGCCGCUCACGAGGACGUCCUCUUCCAGUCGUCCUUCUUCGAGGCCGCCUGUCGAGGCCAGUUCUUUGAGUCGCAGAGCAAGAGGAUUGCCCUCCCCGACGAAGAACCCGAGAUCUUCUCCUCCGUCCUCGAGUAUCUCUACAAGGGCGACUACUACCCUCGCCUCAUGCAUAACAGGCACCGCAACUCUUGGGAGCUCGAGGACGCCGUCAGAGGAACUCCCCAAUCUUCCCCCAACCCCGCCGAACACCACAGAGGUGGCCGCGCAGCUGCCAUGCCGCCCACGCCCACAACGACAAGCACCCCGAGUGAGGCGACAAUAUACGUCGCGGCCUGUGAGCAACAUAUCCUCCGUGACACCGUCAUCUACUGUGCCGCGGAGCGAUACGGGCUCGAGGAGCUCAAACGCUUGGCUCUGCGCAAGCAGGGCCUGCAGACCGGCAUCGACGUCGGCACCAUCUUGCGCUCCGCCCAAUACGCCUAUGCUCACACCCCCGACUCGGAUUCGCGGCUGCGCGCUCACUACCUUGCCCUGAUCAUUCGGUGUCGUAAGACAUUUAAGAGGAGCGGAACCAUGCAGACCGAGAUGGAGCAAGGUGGCAGCAAGCUUUUUUUCGACCUGUUCGUGGCCAUGUGCAACCACCUAGACGACGUGAUCGACCACAGCAACGCGCGAACACCCAAGACCGUCUGA